AAAAGAAACAAGAUAUUUUCAAAGUUAGAUAUAGAAGAAAUACAAGGCUGUGUUUCUUUGCGUUUUAAAAUUGCAUUUCUACCAAUAAUGAAUUGUUUUAAGUAAUCACAUAAAAUUUAGUCAAAAAAAAAGUAAUCACAUAAAAUGUUAUAACGUUUAUUUUUAUCGAAAAAAGUUGAAAAAUGUUAUAAAAGAGUAGGCUUAUAUAGUUAUCAAUUAUCAUACACACACUUGAAGUUUCAUCAAAGAUGAGUUAUUUUACUGAUAAAAAGCCACAUGUUGUAGUGAUUCCAUAUCCACUUCAAGGCCAUAUCAAUCCAAUGCUAAAAUUUUCAAAACUUCUUCACCUUAGAGGCUUUCACAUAACCUUUGUCAACACUGAAUACAAUCACAAACGCUUGCUCAAAUCAAGAGGUCCUAAUUCUCUUGAUGAUUUCAUCGGUUUUAGCUUCGAGACUAUUCCAGAUGGUUUGAGUACAAUGGAUGGUGAUGGCGAUGUUAGUCAAGAUAUACCCUCUCUUUGUCAAUCAAUAAGAAAGAACUUUCUUCAACCCUUUGGUGUACUUCUUUCUAAACUUCAUGAUUCUGCCAUGGCUGAUCUUGUUCCACAAGUUACUUGUAUAGUUUCUGAUUGUUACAUGUCAUUUACUAUACAAGCUGCUGAAGAACAUGCACUUCCCAUUGUUCUCUUUUCAACUGCUAGUGCAUCUGCAUUCUUGUCUGGUUUACACUUUCGUACGCUGCUUGAAAAAGGUCUAAUACCACUCAAAGAUGAGAGUUAUCUGACAAAUGGAUAUUUAGACACCAAAGUAGACUGUAUUCCAGGAUUGAAAAACUUUCGGCUGAAGGACCAUCUCAGCUUUAUAAGGACAACAAAUCCUAACGAUUCCAUGGUAGAAUUUCUCAUUGAAGCGGCAGAUAGAGUCCACAAAGCCUCGGCUAUUGUUUUCAACACUUUUAAUGAACUUGAGAGUGAUGUAUUGAACACUCACAAUUCUAUGUUUCCUUCUGUAUACGCGGUUGGCCCUUUACAUUCUUUUUUGAAUCAAAGUACACAAAAUCAUCACUUGACAUCUUUAGGUUCCAAUCUUUGGAAAGAAGAUACAGAGUGCCUUGAUUGGCUGGAAUCCAAGGAACCUGAAUCUGUUGUUUAUGUGAAUUUUGGAAGUGUUACAGUAAUGAAUUCAACGCAACUGUUGGAGUUUGCGUGGGGUUUGGCCAAAAGCAAGAAACCUUUUUUGUGGAUCAUUAGGCCUGACCUUGUCAUUGGUGGCUCAUUUAUUUUGUCAUCCGAGUUUGAGAAUGAAAUUUCAGAUAGAGGCCUAAUUGCAAGCUGGUGUCCACAAGAGCAAGUACUAAACCACCCUUCAAUUGGUGGAUUCUUGACUCAUUGCGGAUGGAACUCAACGAUUGAAAGCAUAUGUGCUGGAGUUCCAAUGUUGUGUUGGCCUUUCUUUGCCGAUCAACCAACAAACUGUAGAUAUAUCUGCAACGAAUGGGAGAUUGGAAUGGAAAUCGAUACUAAUGUGAAGAGAGAGGAGGUGGAGAUGCUGAUCAAUGAAUUGAUGGUUGGCGAGAAAGGAAAGAAGAUGAGGCAAAAGGCAAUGGAGUUGAAGAAGAAGGCAGAGGAGAACACUAGUGCAGGUGGUUGUUCGUAUAUGAACUUGGACAAAGUUAUUAAGGAGGUCUUACUUAAACAAUAUUAGAAUAAAAUGUGGUAGUGCAUAUAUUGUCAUGCUCAAAUGAUGAAUUUAGUGAGAAGGGUUAGAAUGAUCUAAUUGUUAGCCAUAUAUUGGAAUUGCAAUUUAAUUUAUGUAGCUGUCAUAACUAAUGUGACAGCCAAUGCAUUACCCUUCUUACAUGUAAUGUCUAUAUUUAAAACCUAUGCUUCAAAGCUGAAAACCACAAAAUGGCAGGGAAAUGAAUAUGAUAAAAACAAGUCCUUAUAGAAAACUAUAGAAGCACAAGAGUAUCAUUCAGAAAAAAUUGUGUAUGAAACUUUAAAAUAACAUGAUUUAUGUUAUUUGAGUUCAAUAUAUAUAAUAACUAGAGUAGAACUCAUUACUAGAACUCAUUGUUAGAACUCCUUGCUUUCUUCUCAAAUUCAUGGAAGUAUUUAAAUCACCCUUCAAUGGCUUUGUCAUAAUGUCAGCAACAUGCAUAUCUGUGUUGUAAUAUUCCAAAUGCAGCUUCCCUUUGUUUACUUGGUCUGCAAGAAAUGGAACCUUGUCUCUAUAUGCUUGCUUCUUUCAUGAGCUAUUGAAUGUUUAGCCAGAUUCAUAGCCGAUCAAUUAUCAAGUCGCAAUGUAAUCUCUUCAUUCUUCUUAAUCAAGCCACAUAGCUUGACAAACA